AAAAAAGGAGGAAGCGACGCGGAUACGGUGCGGUACUGAAGUUCCUGAACGCUCACCCGCACAAACCGGCCCCGCACGAGCCAACAGGACCGAGAGAAGAAGAGCAACCCAGAGUAAUGUCAGUAUUAACAACGGUUACAGAUCAUUCCCGGUAACGUUUCCGGUUAGCCCGUUGGGACCGCAAGUCGUUUUUUGAGUCGCGAGGACGACAAACGCCGCCGCUUUUCUCUCAGAACCCGGCAGCCGUAAAGGAGCAGCGAUGCCUCAGAAACAGAGGACCAAGUCCUGGACGGAGUUGAAGCAAGCGGGCAAUGAGUGUUUCAAGACGGGCCAGUAUGGAGAGGCCACCAAUCUUUACAGCCAGGCGAUCAAAGAGCUGGAGAAGUCCAAUAAAAAGAGCCCAGAGGAUUUGGGCAUUCUGCACUCAAACCGUGCCGCCAGCUACCUGAAAGAGGGCAACUGUGCCGAAUGUGUGAAAGACUGCAAUUUGUCUCUGGAGUUGUUCCCGUUCAAUGUGAAGUCCCUCCUUCGUCGUGCCGCUGCCUACGAAGCUCUGGAGCGCUACAGGCUGGCGUACGUCGACUACAAGACCGCUCUGCUGAUCGACUGCAACAUCGCGGCUGCUCACGAAGGCACCAACAGGAUGACGAAGGCGCUCACGGAGGCGGACGGUCUGUCAUGGAGAGAAAAGCUUCCUCCCAUUCCCACCAUUUCUCUGUCCGACAGAGAGAAACUAGCCCAGAAAAGCCCGGCCAGCGCCGCUCCACCGAACCCGACGCCGACACCGAAACACAACGGCACCAGACAGACGAACAAACCCGCGCCCAGUGAUAAAGACCUGAAGAAAGGACAAACCCUGAAAGAAGAAGGCAACGCUCUGGUGAAGAAGGGAGAGCACAAGAAGGCCAUCGAGAAGUACAGCCAGAGCAUCAAACACAACCCCACUGAGAUCACAACCUACACCAACCGGGCGCUGUGUUACCUGUCGGUGAAGCAGUACCGAGACGCCGUCAGAGACUGCGACGAGGCUCUGGUGAUCGACAGCGGCAACAUCAAGGCCCUCUACAGGAGGGCUCAGGCUCUCCUGGAGCUCAAGGACGUGAAAGGCUGCGAGGACAACCUGAACACCUUGCUCCAGGUGGAUCCGAAGAACGUGGCCGCCUUGAAGAUGAUGGAGGAUGUGCAGAAUAAGAAGUGAUGACGGCGGUGAGGAUCUGUCACUGGGGGGGGGAGGGGUGUGUGUGGAGGGGGGGGGGGAGACGGCCGCGCAGUGACACGAUUCAGCCGCCCGACCGUGCGUUUGUUUCCCCAAAAGCUUUGUGCACACGUUUGACCCGUUUACUCUCACGGGAACAGAACGCGAGCUCGGUUUUCGAGACGCUUUUGGGAAAUAAACGCAGCUCCGAGGGUGUAAACGGGAGGGGGGGGG